AUGAAAGUGGACGUUAGUGAGAUAUUUCGAAACUACGACCAGAAGAAAGCAGAAGAACACAUCGAGAAUCUGCAAAAUGACAUCAGGAGCAAGGAAGAGUCUAUAAAAACAUUCUUGAAAGAAAAGAGCAGUCAGGUGAUAGACAAUACUAUCAAAAUUAAAAGUGUGUAUGCAAGUGUGGACAAAAUAAAAUGCCAAUUGGAAGAUAUUAUUUGCUCGUACAAUGAUUUUAUCAGUGGCGUCCGGAACACAGCAUCGGUGAAUUUUGGAGAACCAUCAGUGGAGAUAGAAAAAUUGGGGGAAUCCGAAAAGGGCAUCAUAAAAGAGGUGUGGAAAAGAAAAUGUGAAAGUUACGAUUUUUUAUUUCAAAGUUGCCAUUUGGGAAGAAGCACAGGAGAGGGGAAAGAAGAUGCCCCAUGUGACAGUGCCUAUCAUAUUGUAAAAAUGGAAAAGGAGGAACUAUACAAUUAUGAUUGCUUCUACCUUAACAACUAUAUCAACCAUGUAUAUCUUGAGGUGAAUAAAAAGAUGAGCGAGGAAAAUUACUCCUUUGUGCUAAAUAAAAUAUACACAGAUAUAUUUCUCUGCCUCAAAGUCUUGAAUUCUUUGCUGAAAAAUGAAAAAAUUAAAAAUAUUUACAUUAACAUGUUUAAUAGCAACAAAUCCAUUUUAUACUUAAAUACCUAUGUAAACAAACACAAGGAAAAUUUCGGUGACAUUCUCUUGAAGUUGAUAUAUGCCUCUUACCACAAUUUGGCAUAUAACUAUUCAUGUAAAAUGGACAGGAUUCCGCAGUCCGUAAUCGUUUUGUUGCUUUUUUACAACAAACAGAAUUGCGAACGCGUAGAAAUUGUAAAAAACGAUUUGUUCAAGGAAAUUCUCGACGCGAGAAUAAAUUUGUUACACAACUUUCUGCGCAGACAGAGCCACAUAGAGGAUGAGGGUCUCCCCCUCCGCAAGGUAAAAUCCUUAUUUUUGCAAGUCACUUAUCUAGUUUUACACACCAAAUAUAUGUUCCUUCUGCUGAUUGAUGUGAGUAAUGAGAACUUGCGCCAAGGGGUGAAAGAAGAUCAGUUUAAAAGUAUGGAAGAGGGAUGUUCUGUUGAGUGGGAGGAUAAGAAUGCUGAAACAUAUGAUGACCACACUCGUGGGAACGACUCAGAGGACAGGGAGAAAAACCUCUUUCUGCGAAGAAUGCAGAUGGAGCUCUUCAUUCUGCAGAAUAUACCUCAUCAGAAAGCUAAGAAAAACAAACAAAACUUCAAUUAUGCCAUAAAUAGUAUGGAUGAAAUAAAGAAAAUUAUGAACGAAGGAAUUAUUGAUAAGUUCAGCUUACUACACAAAACGUAUGUCCAAUUUUCGCGCCGCAUUUAUGAUUAUAUGAUCCAUCUUCUACAUGUUUAUUACUGUAAAAAUGAUUACGGAAUAACGUGUGACCAGUUGUUCACAGAGUAUGAAAAUAUAAACAAACUGUACAACAAAUUGAAGGGUAAAAUCGAAAUGAAAGAAAAGUACUAUAGCAAAUAUAUUAAAGAUGUUGAUUUUUACCUGAACAAUAAUUACCUACAUGCUAUUCAUGAUGAAAUUUUCGAGAUAUUUAUUUUCCUUUUUUUUAACAAAUUUUUGUGUGCAGUUCCAUUUUUUGAUCAAAAUCCAGUUGAUAAAUGGAAGCUCGUAACGACAAAAUUUUUACACAAUUUGUUUUGGAACAUUUCGAUUUCUUAUGAAAGGAAUUGUCAAAUUAAAAAUUGUGUGUUUUAUUCGUUCCUGCUGAAUACAUUUUAUUAUUACUACGAAUUUUUUUCCAUCGAUUUGGAUAGCAUAUAUGAUCAAUUUUACAAAGUGGACAGGGACUCAAGUGAAGACCAACAUACAAAAAAAAAUGAUCAGAAAAAAGCGACAGAGCGUGUGUAUACGGGGAGUAAUGCAUCCAGAGAGGGGCAUUUUCAUAAUGGCUUUAAAACAAUUUUAAAAGAAAAAAUUAAUCCCCUUAUAUAUUCAGCCUACAAGCUGAUUGUCUUUGUAGAAACCAAAGAAAUUAAUCACAGCGCUGAUGCCAACUUUCUGCUUGCAGAACAGGGCGUACAUGAUGCUGUUGAUUUUUUUAAAAUGUUCAACUCGUUUAUGAGUAUUUUGAAGAGCCACAAUGGGGAAGAGCCACACGUCAAUGAUAAUGUAAAUGCACACACUCAUGUGAAGGAAGAACGAACUGCUAGCGACAGUUGCGGAUGUGACACGAAAAAGGAAAACGGUAAUUGUAGUUUAAAUAGGUGCUCUAAUCUGGUAUCCUUCUUAAAUAUGCCUCUGGGGGAGGAACCUACCCACGUGGCAAACACCCCAAAGGGGAAGUUCUCAAAUGGUACGGCCACCAUGCCUGACAAUAACGUGGAGUGCGAAACGGUCAAUCUCAACCAGGAAGAACAGAGUGAUAUGCUGAAAGGAAAGGGACCGCGUUACAGUGAGAACAUGCGUCAAUGCGGUGAUCAAAAUGAAGAGACAGAAAAAUCGGAAGAGGAAUAUAAGGAGCUGAGUCUCUACAUUAACCUGCUCAGGCAUAAUGAUAAGCGUGCGUGGAACCAUUUCCUCAGUACCCGCGAAGGCAACGAUGAAGAGGCACUAUCGAACGACUACGAGGAGGAGGCUAAAUUUUCUUUCGAUGAUUUAAGGAGCAUUUUUCUACGCAUAGCGUACAAAAUAUUGAAGACAUCUCUGAAAUGCUUUUGCGUGGAAUACCUGGACAAUUUGGAGGACCAUUUGCAUUUCUACCUGAACAUGUUAAUAAAUAAUGAUAUAAAAAAUAUUGUAUGCGAAAAAAUGAACGGCCACUUGGUGAAUAUUUUCUCCUUUUCCAACCUGUUUAUGCUCUAUGUUGAAAGAUUAUUUAACACGGAUGUAUAUCGAAGCAUAAUUAUCUUCCUAGUAAAAAAUGCUUUACAGAAGGAGAUAUACAAAAUAUAUGCGCAAUUUAUUUCCGAGGUGGAGAAAGUGUACACUUCCCAUUAUGCGUAUUCAGAUGAAAAAAAUAAAACGCUGUUAAAUAAAAAAGUAACCGAAUUGUAUAACAUUAUUUUGUUGGACUUAUCAUUUUGUGUAUAUAUUUUGGACACUAACAAUAUCAUACACAAAUCCACUUAUGACGAUCUGAUGUCGCGGUAUAGAAAAUACGAAACGUAUUACAUAAAGUCUUGCCUUUACUUUGUUCACAUAUAUAAAGAAAAAUAUAACGUGUAUAGUGAAAAAAGUAUGAAUGAAUACAAUGCGGGAAGGCACCCAUUUUGGGAAAAGCUGAACGAAAAAGACGCGGGAAAAAAGCGAAAAAAAAAAAAUGCUGAAAUGUACACCUUCAAAUAUUUAAUUGAUAACAUUUUGACGGUACUGAAUAAGCUAGAUAAUCUUAAUGGAAUUAUUUUCCAAAAGCAUAUACGCCUUUUAGCUCAGAAUUUGAUAUGCGACUCCUACUUAUUAUAUUACUUAUUUGUCGAAGGACCCCCCAUUAAUAACCUUUUGGGAAAUGUGCAGACGGACACAAAAACGAGUUCUUUGGAAAUUUUCCAUUUUAAUAAAGUCAGAACCAUUGAUGAUAAUUCGAUUGAGGACAAAUUGUUGAAGUUUUUUUUUUAA